AGAGGGAGGAAGAUGUCAGAGCGGAGGAGCUCAGCGCUGCUUCUGCUGCUGAUCCUGCACUGGGUUGCUGAUUCUCAGGUUCAGUCCUGUCAGUCCCCUGAGAGGAAAUGUGACUUUGUGUGUGACUGUGGCGACUGCAGCGACGAGCAGAACUGUGGCUACACAGGAAAAGGGUUCGAGUGUGACUUUGAGGACGCAGCCCAGUGUGGGUGGACUGACCGCUCCAUCAAUGAAGCGUACAGCUGGGGGAGACACCAGAGAGGAGACACGCUGCCGGACAGCGGGCCGUCCUCUGACUACACCACUGGGACGGCUGCAGGCUGGUUUAUGGGAGUGAGCGCUGUGAAGUCCGAGUCUCUGAGAACUGCAGUUUUAAUGUCUCCAGAGAUGAGACAGUCUUCACCAACCUGUCGUCUUCGUCUCAGAUAUUUCCUGUGGUACUCAGGUCACUCAGAUCUGGGUUCCACACCACUGUGGGCGUCCGUCCUUCACAUGGAUUCUUCAGAGGCCACAGUGUGGCGUCCUGAGGCCACCAGUGUCAACAGCUGGAGGGAGGCGACCAUCUUUUUGGGCCGUAUUCCCACAAGCUUCCGAAUCCGUCUUUACUCACAGCGCUCUGACGGGCAAAAAGGAGACGUGGCCAUAGACCAGCUGGAGUUUCUGGACUGUGCUCUGCCCUUGCCAGUCCCUGGUAAAGACUGUCCAGCAGAGAUGGUGAAAUGUAAGAACGAGGGCUGCGUGGAGCAGCGGCAGGUCUGUGACGGCACUGAUGACUGUGGUGACGGGAGUGAUGAGGAGAGAUGUGAUGGGUACCAGCUCUGUGACUUUGAGGACGGUCUGUGUAAUUGGGACCUGAGGUCGCUGUCCUCACUGAAAUGGGUGCGGACGAAUCAGGAGAACAUUUCCAUCUCAGAUCCUCUGAAGGGACCAGGCAGGGAUCACUCCAACCACAGUACAUCAGGUUACUUCCUAUACGUCACUGUCCCCGACGGUGGUCUCUCAAGGGACUGGGCCGCUUUUCAAACUCGUCUUCUUGAUCCCACCAAUAGUUCACAUCCUUGCAAGAUGGUGAUGUACACGCACCAGUUUGGGCCGAGGUCAGGCGGUCUGACGGUGCUGGUCGCUGAGAGAAAGAUCUACCCUGUGUGGGAGCGAGGCGGAGCUCUGGGUGAUGUCUGGGUGAAGGCAGAAGUGGAGAUUGUCUCCAGCUUCCCUUUCCAGAUUGUAAUAAUGGCAGCAAUCAGAGACUUUGCAUACGGGGGUAUCGCCGUCGACAGCAUCAUGUUGUCCCCUGAAUGCCGCAGAACAUCUGCAAACUAUACCCUCCCAAAAUUCCCUGAAUCUCCCAGAGACCCGUGUGCCGAGCCCGACAAGAUGUGCGAUUUUAAACCGGACUGUCUGGGAUCAGAGGAUGAGGCCGGAUGUGGGGAUUUCUCGUCCCCUGAGGGCAGCUCAGGCUGGACGGAUUCCAGCAUCGGGGGUCAAGGUUGGGUGCUACAUGAGAAUUCCACGUCCAAAGAGGAGUACCUUUAUGUCGCCCGGGCCUCGGGCCAGCAGCUGACUGACGCCCAGACUCGGACCCCCCUGCUGGGACCCUCGGGCCCAGCCUGCUCCCUCAGCUUUGAUUUUGCACUAACUGGAAAUCCAGAUCACAUCGGUGAGCUGUCUGUCAGGGUGAUUGACAGCUUGCUGGGCAUGCAGCCUAAAAUGUGGGAGUUCGCUGGGAAGACGGGAGCAGGAGAGGGGGCGUGGCACCAUUCCCACGUAACUGUUGGAGCCAGGAAACAUCGCUUCCAGCUGGCGUUUGAGGCUCGUGCUGUGAAACUGUGUCCCUGCUCCAAGAUUAAAGUGACAAACGUUAGCUUCAUCAACUGUCACGCCGAUUAUUUUCCGUCUUCUCCAACCGCACUGUCAUGUAACUUUGAAGAUGGACUGUGUGGAUGGUAUCAGGACAACAGUGACAACUUUGACUGGACGGUGCACAGCGGGAUGGAUCACACCAUCGGGAUCGGUAAGAGUCUUGUCGUGGACAUGUGGAAUCCUUCUCUGCGCGGUUUGUUCGGACGCUUGGUUUCAUUUAUGCAGAUGCCCAGUCAAACAGAUUACUGCCUGUCCUUCUUCUACAAACUGUACGGACCCAACACAGGUGCUCUUAAUGUAAAGCUGUUGGAUGGCCACGGGUAUGAGGUCAUCCUCUGGACCCGCAGCGGAGCUCAUGGCAACAUGUGGCACGAAGGACAAUGUCCAGUACCGCACCAACUCACAAGCUUCCAGCUGAUGUUUGAAGCUGUUCGCGCCGGCUUUGACGGACAGGUGGCCAUCGAUGAUGUGGCGUUUGUGGCUCGUCCGUGCUCCGUGCCCAGGAUGUGUUCCUUUGAGGGCCAGAAAUGCGGGUACAGCAGCUCGGGUAAAGUUCGCUGGCUCCACCACAGCGGACGCACCACGAUAAGGGGACCCAGAACUGACCACACUCUGGAGACCGACCUCGGUUUCUACAUGAUGGUGAACACCAGAGCCGACAUUCUUCCCUCUGGCGGCACGGCGGUCCUCACCUCCCCCGUUCGUCAAGGAGCCUACAGGACUGAGUGUGUGCACUUCUGGUACCACAUGGGCGGAGCGAACCCUGGUUCUCUGACGGUGUACAUGAAGCCGGCGAAGGGAGAGAAGGUGAAGAUCUUCUCCGACAGUCAGAAUCAAGGUGACGUCUGGCGCCAUGGCAACGGCAACAUCUCUAGCACCCUCGUGGACUGGCAGUUGGAGUUCGAGGUUGUCGGAGCUGGAGGCAAAGACACCCACGUUGCAGUUGAUGACAUCUUCCUUUCAGCGCACCCAUGUGACAAUCAAGGUUCUAGGUGCAGUCUGGAGAGAGGGAUGUGCAGCUGGAGCAACACACAAAACGUUAAAGUAGACAAACUGGACUGGGAGCUGACGAGUCAUGAGGCGGAGAAGCACUACUCCACCCCGACAGAAGAUCACACUCUGGGCACAGAGAGAGGUCACUUCCUGUUUUUCCCCAGCAGCGAUCGGACGGCAACCAAUCAGAAUGCUCAGCUGCUGAGCCCUCACCUGCCCCCGACCAAGGACACCUGCCUGAAGUUCUGGGUUUACAAACCUUUCUCAUCUGACAACCAGCUGAAUGUGUGGAGGCUGUCUGAGGGUCUUCUUAAUGAGCUGCUGGUGGUGAAGGAAGUGGGAGGACCGUGGAAACGCUUCGACGUCAACAUCACGUCUGCUGAGGAAUACCAGAUUGUGUUUGAAGGAAUCAAAGGCACUUUAGGCGUCAUCGCUCUGGAUGACAUUGAAUACACCAUCGGAGUCAACUGUGCUAAGACAAAUUCAGACACAUCCUCACCAAAUCGAGAGAAUGCAGGAGGGGUCGCAGCGUCCGUCUUCGUGCUCCUGCUGCUGAUCGCCACUCUGAUCGCACUGUUGAUUUACUACCUUCAAACUCGCCAGAAGGUCGAGGCUGCGACUGGUCGGUCUUCCUCUUCCCCAGGCAACGGUGGUUUCGGAAAUGAAACAUAUGAACCAGAGCUCACACAAGACCGUAUGAGGGUGCCAUCUACUCAAAACCAUCCAAUGGCCGCUGGGUUCAAUAACGUCACUCUCUCUCCUGAUGACAGAGAGAUGGAGGUGGCGUAAGGCAGGUGCAGCGGUGGGCCUGCCACCCGAAGGUGGCUUUGUGAAAAUGAGGCGACAUCACAGCAGAAGAACUGCUUGUGUCGCCCUUACAUCACACACACACACACACACACACACACACACACACACACACACACACACGUACACACACAUACA